AUGGCGUCGGUUCGGGUUCGUAGGAGGUCAAGAGCAGCUCCUCUCGCGUACGUGCCAGUCGAGCCCAAUCGAGUCGUCGUCGUCCCCACGGACAACAUCCCUCAACCAGAGCAGCCCAACUCACCUGAAAACGAAGAAUUUCUCCGCAAAGAAGCAGAAAAGAUAUCUUCACCCGUCGCUUCAUCACCCUCAACUACAGUUCCGGGCUCGAGUUCACCCCUCCGGACAACGUUUUCGAGACCGACGCCGUUUGGGACCGCCACUCGGCCCACGACGAGUCGAAUGCGGAGCUCAACCGUCGUCGAACCUCGUUCUCCUCCUUUUAUAACGGACUUUCCGACUCGCGGGGCUGCGUCCGUCUUUCAAAGGAGUAGUGACUCGCUCGGGGAUGAUGGGCAAGGCGGGCUACGGGAGGCGAAUCGGGAUAGUUUUAUGAUGUCACCAAGGGAUCGUAGGGGGAGCAGGUCGAGUUGGUUUGUCGAUCACGUUCGAGGUACGGUGUCGAAAGCAGCUGCGGGUGCCGCGGCCGCUUUAAAACCUGAAGGAGAUCAUCCAGACCUGGCGAGGAGCAUAUCACCAGAUCAGUUGUCGGCUGCGAGCUCGGUUCCAAAUGUGGAUGUGGUCAUCCCGCCGGAUGUGAGAGAUGGGAUUAGUGCCAUUUUGGCAAAGCGUCAGGGUACACGAAAGGACCCAGCAUUGACAGACGACGAGAUGCACCAUAAUGAUAUCGUAGAACACUUGGAUGUGAUUGCGUGGUAUUCGAGAAAGCCCGUGGUAUCACUCCCCGCCCCUACCCGUCUGAGAGAACGGGACGCCGAAUCGAUGGAAAGCGAAAAUGAACUCGACGCUCACGUCGAAGAAGCUUCAUUGCAGGCGAGUCAUUCAUUCUUCGAAUUGAUUAUAGUUGCUUAUUACAUGGUAACAGCGAUCUAUGGCUUCCUUGUUGUGUUCUGGGGUGCCGCCAUCGUGUUCUUCCUCGGCAAGCUCAUCAAUCUACACGACCCCUACCUCCAAGGGUUUUGGGUCGAAAUCUCUUCUCAAGUCGUGAACGGUCUCUUUACCGUUCAAGGUGUUGGGUUCUUACCUUGGCGAAUCAUGGAUAGUUGGAACACAUUUUGGAUAUAUCACUACGCCUGCAAGGACCGUACCUUGAGGAGGCGUGCAAAUUUGCCGCCAGUCGGAGACUUUAACGACAUUCCGGACCCCUAUAUCGAAUCAGAGCACGUACAGAUGCUUACGGACAAGCAGCUACAGUGGCUUCGGCGACACACCCAUCGCGCGUUCUCCCUCAAGUAUGUCUAUUUCACUCGCCAUUUCGUUCAAUUACUGAUCCUUAUAAGGGUUGCCAUAGCCAUAUGUAUUUCUGUAGACAUGAAUUCGGUCUUUCAGGUCAGUGGUCCAUCAAACCAUAUUUCAAAUUUCCAACACUCGAUAGAUUCUACUUUGUGGAUGCAUGUGGGGAUUGAAUCGUUUCCAGAGACCGCCAUGGACAGUGGCAACCUUGAUUCCCCUCAGUUUCCUCUGCGGUAUCGCAUCCGGUAUUCUCAUUUGGAAAGGAGGCGAGCGGUCCAAAAAGACGGCAGAAGUCAGAGAACGACUACGACAAGCCCUCCAACAAGAGAAAAAGCGGAAGAGCCGACACUUCUCAAAGCACCUCCCUCGGGUGAUCCCGAGAAGGAUAUGAACGGGAGGGGGUCCUCUGAAUCUGCACGAAAGAGGAGCCCGUUACUCAAAACGCUCGCCAUUGACGAAACGAUGACGAUACCCGAGGAUGUGGAGCCCACGACAACGUCUUCGAACAAGGAAACACGACCGUUCAAAGAAGAGAAGGAUGAUUCAAAAUUUGUAUUGGUAACACCCAAAUCACCAAGUGUAAAGGACUUUGGUGAUGGCAAAGCUGAAUAG